AUGGCGACCGCAGCCUCCAACCACUACAGCCUGCUCGCCUCCGGCUCCCCCAUGGUGCACGCCGAGCCGCCCGGCGGCAUGCAGCCCGGCGGCGGCUACCGCGACGCCGGCGCCCUGGUGCAGGCGGACUACGCGCUGCAGAGCAACGGGCACCCGCUGAGCCACGCUCACCAGUGGAUCGCGGCGCUGUCCCACGGCGGCCCCGGCGGCGGCGGCGGCGGCGGUGGCGGCGGCGGCGGGGGAGGCGGCGGCGGCGGCGAGGCGCCCUGGUCGGCGGGCGCGCUGGGCCAGCCCGACAUCAAGCCGGCGGUGGUGCAGGCGGGCGGGCGCGGCGACGAGCUGCCGCCGCCGCAGCACCCGCCGCCGGGGCGGGCGCCGCACCUGGUGCACCACGGAGGCGGCGGCGGGCACCACGCGGCGGCGGCGGCAGCGGCAGCGGCGGCGUGGCGGGCGGGCGGCGCGGCGCACCUGCCGCCCGGCAUGGCCGCGGCCAACGGCGCGCAGGCGGGGCUGCUGUACUCGCAGCCGCCCGGCUUCACCGUGAACGGCAUGCUGGGCGCCGCGCAGCCGGCGCUGCACCACCACGGCCUGCGCGAUGCCCACGAGGAGCCGCCGCCGGGGCCGCCCGGGCCGCCGCACCACGGCCCCGAGCACCCGCCGCCGCCCCACGGCCCCCACCCCGGGGCGGCCGGCCCCGCGUCCGCCUCCGCUGCCGCCUCCGCCGCGCAGCCCGGGCCACCGCCGCACCACGACCCGCACUCGGACGAGGACACGCCGACCUCGGACGACCUGGAGCAGUUCGCCAAGCAGUUCAAGCAGCGGCGCAUCAAACUGGGAUUUACCCAAGCGGACGUGGGGCUGGCGCUGGGCACCCUCUACGGCAACGUCUUCUCGCAGACCACCAUCUGCCGCUUCGAGGCCCUGCAGCUCAGCUUCAAGAACAUGUGCAAGCUGAAGCCUUUGUUGAACAAGUGGUUGGAGGAGGCGGACUCCUCCUCGGGCAGCCCCACCAGCAUAGACAAGAUCGCGGCUCAGGGCCGCAAGCGGAAAAAGCGCACCUCCAUCGAGGUGAGCGUCAAGGGCGCGCUGGAGAGCCACUUCCUCAAGUGCCCCAAGCCCUCCGCCCAGGAGAUCACCUCGCUCGCGGACAGCCUACAGCUGGAGAAGGAGGUGGUGAGAGUGUGGUUUUGUAACAGGAGACAGAAAGAGAAGCGCAUGACUCCCCCGGGAGGGACGCUGCCGGGAGCCGAGGACGUGUACGGGGCCAGCAGGGACACGCCGCCGCACCACGGGGUGCAGACCCCCGUGCAGUGAACUCGCGGCGGGGGCGCCCGGCCCCUCCUCCUC